CAAAGCCAGGAGAUCUUUAGAAGGGCUUACGGGAUCUUUAUUGGGAUCAAAACGGAAAACAAAAAGGUUUCCAAUGAAUCUACAUGAGGACUUUAUUUUUUUCUACGUGCUCAGGUCAGCCAGAUGAACACACACAUAACAGCCCACAAAGCCAAGGUAAGGCAUCAGUGGUUCGUCCUUAUCCUGUGCUUUUAUUUGGUCUAUGCUGGUGUGCCAGGCCCAUGUAAGCACUCUGUCACCCAGGGCCAUCUCCUGAAUUUAAGACGUCUGAUUAAAAACCAGCUGCAAAAUGGUUGUUCAAUCACAUACUCAUUUACUGAACGUCAGAACCUGAGUGUUGUGUGUUAUGUCAAAGCAGCCUUCCCACACAUACUUGAGCUACUCAACACCCAGUUCAGAUAUGCCAAAGACUCGGACAAUUAUCGUUACACGAAUUCACUGAAAAACGUGAUCUACAACAUAUAUUCCCAGGGAUGCAUCCCUUUAAUCAAUGAAGAGCUUGAGAACAGCCCAGUGAAAACUCAAAUGACCUCGGCCAAGGCAGCUUUGGAGAAAGCAGAGGAGGUGAUUCACAUGUACGUGGAUCUGAUGACCAAGAGUGACAAGCCUGUAGACUGGAACUGUGAGGAGGAGUACACAGAGGAUUACCCAGAAUCCUUUACUGAACCAUUCAGCCAAUCACCAGGUGUCUCACAAUGUCCAUGCACUUGCCCAGCAUCAAGUACUGGAACAACUAAGACAUCACUGCCCACAAACCAGUGGAAUAUUUACCUAAAAUCUACUCCAAUUCCACAAAGACUGUCCUUUUCACAUGUGGACGGGAGAUCUGAACAACCGAAGUCUGAUAUUAAACAACAAGGAUCAAAAUCAAACCCAUCUCAAUGGAUAUCUACUACAAUGACACCAAUAAAAGAAGCUUUAAACAACUUCCCCAUCGGUAGCUCUUCAGUUUUAAUGGAUAAAAGCUCAGAUUCAGAGAUGGAGUAUACGCCGUCACCGGGUGUUUCCCCUUCUUUAUUAACUAUAAAGGAAUUACCUGAUUUCCUUCCUGGUACAACUGAUUUUAUAAUGCAAUCAACCCCACAUGGCCCAUAUCAACAAGACACAGGAGACAGCAUUCAGAGAAGUACUGCUCUUUUACUUGCCAAGAGGUCUUUACAUUCCAAAAGCCAAGAAGGAUCAUCUAAUUCCCAUAACAAAUUGCUCCAGACAUGGCUCUCUACAACAUCUGACCCCACAGAUGUUUUAAAGACCGUGGAGACAGGAAUCCCCCCUGUUGCAAAAGAUAAACCCUUUCAAAUGCUUCGAAUGAGCAAACACAUGGUACCAGUAACAAGCACAGGUCUGCCUUCUUUGAAAACAGACGUGCAUUUGUCAGAACAUUUGACCGAGCUGGUUGAACAACUUGGUCAUCCAAACAGUCCUCAUGAAAAUGUUCAAAUACAAACACCAAUAAAAGAGCACAAAAACAUCAUAAAAACCAUCAGUGAGACAAAACUCAACCAAGACAGCAGAUCCCAGGAAGACUACCAGGAGAUCCACACUGCUAAAGAUGAUCAAGAUAGAGGAGCACAGAUGAACUCUGCCAUGACAAAAAGCAGCGGUACAUUCAUCUCUUUCAGCUGUGUACUCAUAAUUACAUUGGUGUGUGGUGGACUUCUGCUUUGAACUGUGCUGUUUAACAGACAACUGAAAGUAAAUGUCCCAAGAUGGCUCUUUGAAAUAAAUCAAAACAAGGUGUUGUCAUUUAAACAGCUCAGACGGAAAAGGACUAGAAACAUAAAACCAGAAGCUAUGGAUUUGACUAUUUAUUCAAGACAUACAUUGACAUGCAAAGUUUCAGUUAGCAUGAAGUUGUAUUGGAGAAACCUUUCAUUGCUUAAAAUAUUUCCAAAAAUCAGGAUUUGGUAAGCAGGCCUUGUCAUAUUUGUAAUAUGAACAUAUUUUUAUGCAUCCUUGCACAAACCCUUGUCUUAUUCUUGUUUCCUUUGCACAGCUAAAAUGAAAAUAUUGGAAAUAUUAAUAACCUUUAAAAAAAAGACAGACAAGAGUGAAAGUUUAUUUUGUAAAAAAAGCUUAAAAGAAAUAAGACAAUAUGUUGAAUACAAAUAUGUAUGAAUAUGUCUCAUUUGUAAAUUGCUUUGGAUAAAAGAAUCUGGCAAAUGAAUAAUAUAAAAUAUUUUGCUCGGCAAAUAUGAAUAAAAUAAGUCUUAAGUAUAAAUGCAUUUUGUGCAGUCCAAACAAUCUGAAUGGUAAAAUGGUCUGUGCUUAACAAGAAUCGACAUAAACAAUAUGUUUGCCAUUACACAUUUACAAUAAAAAUCAUCCAAUA